GAGAGAGAGAGAGAAAGAGAGAGAGAGAGAGAGAGACAGAGUGAGAUGGCAGCCUCCGUGAUGUCCUCCUUGGCCCUAAAGCCAGCUCCAUUCCUUGGGAGGCCACAGGCGAAGGGCCUUCCUUCCCUGGUGAGACCCUCUUCUUCCUUCAAGAUUCAGGCCAGUGGCAAGAAGAUCAAGACCGACAAACCCUAUGGGAUUAAUGGAGGAAUGGACCUGCCAGACGGCUUGGAUGCAUCUGGAAGAAAGGGCAAGGGGAAGGGGGUUUACCAGUUUGUGGACAAAUACGGUGCAAAUGUUGAUGGCUACAGCCCAAUCUACGAUACUAAUGACUGGUCGCCCAGCGGUGAUGUGUAUGUUGGAGGAACCACAGGACUGUUGAUAUGGGCUGUGACUCUUGCCGGACUCCUCGCUGGCGGUGCCCUUCUCGUCUACAACACCAGUGCUUUAUCUCAGUAGAAUCUUCUCCGACCAUCUUUGUAAUCUGCCUCUAUAUGAGACUUGGUCGACUCUCCCUUGUAAUUCUCGAUAUGAUGUCAUAGUAAAACGUCUUAGGGAUUCUGCUAUAUAAUGCAUACACUCUUCCUGUUUAUGAUACUUAA